UGGCUUCCCUCUGUUUUUCAAUAUUAAUAUUAAUCCCUCUUUAUAGUUAUACAUUCAAAUAAUGAUCAUCACAUCUUCUAUAUAUAUAAUACAUGCACCCCUUCUUCACUCUCAUCAAACACCCCUUUUACUCCACUCAACUUCUCUCUUCUUGUGGCACACUCAACAACUUCAGCUAUCAAUAUUUUAUUAUCAUACAUAUUCAUUGGUUACAAAGCCAUCUUCACUUGUUUUGUGAAUAUACAGAAAUGGGUGUUGGAGGCACACUGGAGUACUUGUCUGAUCUAAUGGGAAGUGGCUACCACCACAAGAAGAAGAAGCAGCAGUUACAGACUGUAGAGCUAAAGGUGAGGAUGGACUGUGAUGGCUGUGAGCUUAAGGUCAAGAAAGCCCUUUCUUCACUAAGUGGAGUGAAAUCAGUGGAGAUAAACCGUAAACAGCAGAAAGUGACAGUAACUGGGUAUGUUGAUCCAAACAAGGUGCUGAAGAAGGCUAAGUCAACAGGGAAGAAAGCUGAGAUAUGGCCAUACGUGCCUUACAACUUGGUGGCUCAUCCUUAUGCUGCUCCAGCUUAUGACAAGAAGGCUCCUCCUGGUUAUGUGAGAAGAGUGGAGGUUUCUGCUAACAAUGCAACCGUCACAAGAUAUGAAGACCCUUACAUCACCAUGUUCAGUGAUGACAACCCAAAUGCCUGCUCUAUCAUGUAG